GCUGCCUGCUGCCGACGCGCUGUCUGUAGCUUAUCGCGCUGCUGGAGCGCUGUCCGAGGUGCUUAAAGUCUCAACGCAUCCCCUCAUUGUCCUAAUCACAGGUUACCUGUAGCCUAGUCAUUGUACAUGAUACAUGACAAGCUCAUAGGAGAUUGAGAAUCACACUUGAAGAUGGCAUGAGCGUUCGAUUUUUGUGGAAGCCUCUUUUUAAAAAUAAAUCCUUGGAGACGAUCGAAGGCAACAGAACGCCGUGAGAUUUCAUUUGGACAAGACGGUUUGAGAAAGGACAGGAGGCGAGGAGGCUCUGCUAUCGGAGGGAUGGUUAACGAAUACAUAUUGGAUUGUUGUUGACAUGAAUGUACCGGGACAUGUUAACAGAAUGUUUGUGAAUGUGAUCUCUUUUGUCACACAUCUGAAGGUCGUUAACCUACUCUGAAUAGUGUAGUUGGACUCGGUUUCAACGGUCACUUCGGAUAAUAGGGAUGAUUCGUGAAAGGAAUUGUUGUCCUAAUUUGCUAUAAAUUGCCGUCAUUAAGUUGCCUACAAGUUGGGUACUUGAAGAAGAUCGGACAUUUAUGCAUUUUGGUCUAUAGAUCUGGGAAGAAUCAAACGCCAAGCCAUGUCUCGUCUGCUGGUGUUGGUGAACUGUGCAGUCCAGUUGCUCUUCACCAGCGACAUGUUUGUGGUCACAGCAAACCGUCCCCCUGCUCCCGUCAACGUGUCCGUGAUGCACCUGAGGGCCGACUCAGCCACGGUCUCCUGGGAGAUACCUGAGGGUGACGUCAUCAUCGGCUUCUCCAUUUCACAGCAGAGGCAGGAGGGCCACACCCAGCGCUUCAUCAGAGAGGUGAACACCACUAGCAGGAGCUGUGUUCUGUGGGAUCUGGACGGGGAGACCGACUAUAUUAUCCAGGUCCAGUCUAUUGGUCUGCACGGAGAGAGUCAGGCCAGCAGGAGGGUCCACUUCAGAACCCUCAAGAAGUCUGACCGCUUCCCCUCCAACAGCUCCAACCAAGAUGACCCUGCUGUGGAGGGAGUGGACAAGUCCCGACAGCUCCAGACUGGGGAGAUGAUCAUCAUCGUGGUAGUACUUCUCAUGUGGGCAGCUGUAAUCGCCUUGUUCUGCCGGCAGUAUGACAUCAUCAAGGACAACGACUCCAGCUCCGGUAAAGACAAGGUUAAACCGUCGUCGUUGGCGAGCACGCCAGAACACUGCUCCGGAGGACUGCUACGGAGCAAGUUUCAUCCAUCGCUACAAUCUAUCAACAUCAUGGAGGUUUGAUGGGAAAAGUGAAGAAGUCAUCUUCCCCCCUCCUUCUCCUCCUCCUCAUUCCUCCUUUCCUUCUCUCCUCCUCCUUUCCUUCUCUCCUCCUCCUCCUUUUCUUCUCUCCUCCUCCUCAUCCCUCCUUUCCUUCUCUCCUCCUCAUCCCUCCUUUCCUUCUCUCCUCCUCAUCCCUCCUUUCCUUCUCUCCUUCUCCUCAUCCCUCCUUUCCUUCUCUCCUCCUCAUCCCUCCUUCCUUCUCUCCUCCUCCUCAUCCCUCCUUCCUUCUCUUCUCUUCUCCUCCUCCUUUUCUUCUCUCCUCCUCCUCAUCCCUCCUUUCCUUCUCUCCUCCUCCUUAUCCCUCCUUCCUUCUCUCCUCCUCCUGUUCCCUCCUUUCCUUCUCUCCUCCUCCUCAUCCCUCCUUCAUUCUCUCCUCCUCCUCAUCCCUCCUUUCCUUCUCUCCUCCUCAUCCCUCCUUUCCUUCUCUCCUCCUCAUCCCUCCUUUCCUUCUCUCCUCCUCCUCAUCCCUCCUUUCCUUCUCUCCUCCUCCUCAUCCCUCCUUCCUUCUCUCCUUCUCCUCAUCCCUCCUUCUUUCUCUUCUCCUCCUCUUCUUCUCUCCCCCUCCUCAUCCCUCCUUUCCUUCUCUCCUCCUCCUCAUCCCUCCUUUCCUUCUCUCCUCCUCCUCCUCCCUCCCUUCCUUCUCUCCUCCUCCUCAUCCCUCCUUUCCUUCUCUCCUCCUCCUUAUCCCUCCUUCCUUCUCUCCUCCUCCUCAUCCCUCCUUUCCUUCUCUCCUCCUCCUCAUCCCUCCUUCAUUCUCUCCUCCUCCUCAUCCCUCCUUUCCUUCUCUCCUCCUCAUCCCUCCUUUCCUUCUCUCCUCCUCAUCCCUCCUUUCCUUCUCUCCUCCUCCUCAUCCCUCCUUUCCUUCUCUCCUCCUCCUCAUCCCUCCUUCCUUCUCUCCUUCUCCUCAUCCCUCCUUCCUUCUCUUCUCCUCCUCUUCUUCUCUCCCCCUCCUCAUCCCUCCUUUCCUUCUCUCCUCCUCCUCAUCCCUCCUUUCCUUCUCUCCUCCUCCUCCUCCCUCCUUUCCUUCUCUCCUCCUCCUCAUCCCUCCUUUCCUUCUCUCCUCCUCCUCCUCCUCCUCCCUCCUUCUCCUCCUCCCUCCUUUCCUUCCCUCCUCCUCCUCCUCUCUGAUGAAGACAGAACGUUGGACGGAACAAGCCAUUAUCUUAACUGCCACCACAAGGAGCGACUGGCAAUGCCCGUCGGCCACGUUAAUCUAGCAAAGGACACACACACACACACACACACACACACACACACACACACACACACACACACACACACACACACACACACACACACACACACACACACACACACACACACACACACACACACACACACACACACAGACACACUUUCUCCUGCAGGUUCAUUGUGCAUACUGUAAUGUUAACACAUGUUUCAGUUAACGUUAAAGCAUUUGCCAUAUAGAUACUUGGUUAGCAAUGGCAAAACACUUGUGGCCAUCUGUGUCCUCGUGAUUUCAUGAGCAGGUUAUUUUUUAAAUAUUGUCUAGCUGGACUGACUCCCUGCUCUUCUAUUCUUGGUUAAAUAUCCUGUCAUUUUUCAGCUUUUUGUUUCUCCUAAUUCUCUUCCCUUAGUUGUUCUGCUUAUCCUAAUUCUCUUCCCCCUUAGUUGCUCUGCUUUUCCUAAUUCUCUUCCCUCUUAGUUGCUCUGCUUUUCCUAAUUCUCUUCCCUUUCAGUUAGUUUUUCUGCUUUUCCUAAUCCUAUUCCCACUUAGAUAGUUUUCAGGUUUUUGCUUAUCCCAACCCUCUUCCCCCUUAGUAAAUGUUUCUGCUUUUCCUAAUCCUCCUCAUCCUUAGAUCGCUUUUGUACAGUCAAUAUGAUCCAAUGUGGUUGCUACAAAUCAUUUGAUAAUUCUUCAAGUAGUUAUCACAGGUGAAAUAUUGUGAUUGGAAUCAAACCGUAGAAUAUAGCCAAGCCAUGUUAAUACGUGUAAAUGACAUGAAGUAGUUGUGGACAUAAAGUAGUUAUGGAUGAAACAGCAGACCAUUCCCCAACACAUUAAUGACCCAUGACUGUACAGUAUGGUAAAGAAAGUUUCCAUACGUUGAUUACUGGAGGGCGCAUGCUAGUCUUUCACCUGUCGGGUUAGCAUGAAAAGAUGCCCAAAAAUAAAUGUUAUUUAUGUUAUUAUCGUCCUCCUUCCUCUUAGUGAGGAACUUGUUUGUCUGUUCAUACCUUUUGUGUUUUGACCAUAUUGUAAAUAUCCUGAUCACUGUGUUUUACCUGACUUAGCGAACCAGAGUCUGGUUUUUUUUCAGCUGCCCGGAAGGUACGAUUAUGAUGUAACAGGAAGUGUUCCGAGUUCUAGUCAAUUGACUACUGCUAAAAACAGAUGACAUGUUUUCUAUAUUGUUUUCUAUAUUGAUUAUACAUGAAUUUCUUUAGGAAUGAAGUGAAGUAAAAGUAAAAAUUAUCAAAAAUAUAAAUAGUAAAGUAUAGUUGCCCCAAAAAACGAAUAAAGUAGUACUUUAAAGUAUUUUUGACCACUUUUACUUUUACUUCACUACGUUCCUAAAGAAAAUCAUAUACUUUUUACUCCAUAUAUUAACCCCUGACACCCAAAAGUACUCGAUACAAUUUAAAUGCUUAAGAGGACAGGAAAAUGGUCCAAUUCACACACUUCUCAAGAGAACGUCCCUGGUCAUCCCCACUGCCUCUGAUCUGGCAGACUUAUUAAACACAAAUGCUUCGUUUGUAAAUCAUGUCUGAGUGUUGGAGUGUGCCCCUGGCGUUCCGUAAAUAAAAAAAUCAAGAAAA